AUUCACCGUUUCGCUCCCAGUGUUGCUACAGAACGAAGCUGGAGCAGAAGAAAAGCAUGCCGAGAUAUCCAUCACGCGACCCCAGCUUUCACCUCGCCAAAAAAAAAAUUUACUCUCGACGCAAAGAAUCCUCCUCCCGCCUGUUCCCUCCCGCAGACCAAACCCUCUCGGUGCAAAGAAUCCUCCUCCCGUCUUUUCCCAAUCGCCAAAUUGAAUUGAUUUUUGGAUUGCAGGACGCCCUGCGGUGAGUCGGGCAGGGUUUACGCUAAGCAGAGAGAGGAAGCGAAUGAUUUUGAGCAGAAGGCAGAACAUAGGUUAGUGGGAAAGUUGCGAAGCUGUAAUGGUUGCCCUUUCGACUUGGCUUCGCUACGCUGUAAUUAAGUUCGAGUACUCUGUCUACAUCAACUGGAAGGUUUUUCAAGCGCUUGUCAGGAUGUCUAUCUUCAUACACUGUCUGACCAUAUUAGCCAAUAUGACAUCCCAGAGGCUUGUUAGCCUUUUUGACAUGCUCGCACGAAAUAUCCAGAGGUAUGUUCUUGAGCAACAAGUCUUUGCCUUUUGUGGUUUCUGCGAGGUGCCAAAACACAUAUUUUCAUCCAUUGCUUAUUACACAGGUUGUGUAUGCUGUAAUGCACAGACAGGAGGUGUUUCAAUCCUUCAAAAAUCACCCGAAAUUCCACGACUUGCUUGAAAAAGUGUGUACAGUAUGUUAUGAUUUUCUAUAUAUAUUUCUUGAAUCUUAAAACAUUCACACAUCAAU